AUGUCGUCUAACUAUAGUGCUGGUCAAUUUGAGCAAACAUUUAUGCCAAAACGUUUGCAAAUGUAUCAAGUACCACGAGAACCACAAUCAGGCAUAUAUCCGAAAGGAUCCAUGGGCUCUAAUACAAGUAAUUUUGUUGCUAAUGAGCAUGGUCAUAUAUUACCUGGUGUUGAAAAAUCAAAACGAUCACCAUUUGGUGAAUUUGUAGGAACAUGGGAUUUACCAAAAACAAUACCUGGUCCGUAUCAUGUCACUUCAAUGGGACGAACUGAAAAGAGUUUUCAAACACUUUGUGCUCAACGUGAUCAAACUGUUGAAGAAAUAGAAAAAGCUCGAGUUUAUCAAGUUUGUCUUCAAGAAUAA